AUGCGGAGAAGAGUUGUAUCUGCGGAUUCAAAAAAUCCAAGAGGGCUCAAAGCAGCUGAGAUGUGUCUUAACUUGUGCGUGAAUUGUGGGGAUGUGUUCGAUGCCUCUGGUAUCUGCGUUCGAUGUGGCAAUACUUAUCGUGAGGAACGUGCAACCCGGGCAUGUUCCUUUUGUGAAAUAACAUACAGUCAACGUGCAGUAUCUUGUGUCCCUUAUGUUAUACGGCAAAUGCAGACAAGAAACCACUUCUUUGGUGUUACGAUGCGUGUGAGGGGUACAAUCACUGGACGUCAUCGCAAUGCAACCAACGCUGUCCCGGAAGGCGCAGAGUUGGUUGCAUUGCGACACCGCUAG